UGGUCAUGGCAUCAUCAAGUGGGACGUCAUCAGGGUCAGGUUCAGGGUCAUAUACAAUUCAAAACUCAGGAUCAGAAGAAGAUCUGCAACAAUUGAUGGAUCAGAGGAAGAGGAAGAGGAUGAUAUCGAACCGCGAAUCGGCUCGAAGAUCAAGAAUGAGGAAACAGAAACAUUUGGAUGAUCUUAUGUCUCAAUUGGAUCAUCUCAGGAAAGAAAAUAACCAAAUCUUGACAAGCAUGAAUGUGACCACUCAACAUUAUCUCAAUAUUGAGGCUGAGAAUUCAAUAAUGAGAGCUCAAGUUUCUGAAUUGGGCCACAGGCUUGAGUCCCUGAUGGAAAUCAUCAGUUUCUUGAAUGCUAAUGGAUCAAAUGGUCAAAUAAUUGAGUCUACUAUGGCUGAUGGAUUUAUUCAGAAUGAAUCUUGGAAUUAUAUGUACCAGCCUAUCAUGACUGCAGACGUCAUGCAAUAUUAGUUUCUAUAUCAUGGAAAUGCACCAAACUCACCUUUCUUGAUCAGACUCUUCAAAAAUAUGUACAGGUGCAUGUCAGAUUCUUUAAAAUCUAACACAGGUGCGACAACAUUUUUAGAGAAUCCUACCAAUAUAGGGACUCACUGAUUUAAAAUCUUGGAUUUAAGGGUUGAUAUUGAAUUGAUCUUGUAAAUCAUUUGUAGGCAAGAGGAGGUGAUGAUCUCUAAGGACCGAUCUAAAACAGAGGAUAUUUUAUCAGCAGCAGGAUCUAAGAUUAAGAAUAUUUAGUACUAGUAGUAGUAAUUAGUAGUUCUACUGAUAAAUCCAUAUAUUAUUAGUGUGUUUGUAACUUGUGCAACUUGCAAGUAUUGGUUUUCCAUUUUUAAGAGCUUAUGCAAGUGGAAGUGGGAAGUCUAGUAAUA